GAACAUUACUGUUUAUCUGUACUUAAGUGCAAUGCAUUAUUUUGAAGAAACAGUAGAUUAUUUUGAAGAAAUGUUGCAUUGUUUGUUUGAAGAAAUGUUGCAAGGAACAUGCGUUACUUUUUUUUUUAAAGAACAUUGCUUUUUGCAUGUUCUAUUUUGUGUGGAUUCAGCUGUUUAUUGAAGCUUAAUUGAUUUAGGCUUGAUUUAGACAUAGGAAUGUUUGAAUAAUGUCUUCUGAAACUCUUAACAACAUUAAGGGGCUGUUCACACCGAAUGGGUUUUGCAUUCCACUGUUAUGCAUUUCUAUUGUUUUUGUAUGCAAACAUACACUAGACGGAAGCCUUUGACCACAGUGUUUGAUUGAAACCCGCUGAAGUUAAUAGUAGUUCCAACGCAUUCAUGUUUUUUUCAUUCCACUGCCCUGCAUGUCAUGUUUUUACAUGCAAAAAAAAACAAAAAACAUACUGUGUGACACUAUUUUGUACAUUUUUCACAAACACUUCCCUCAGAAUCCUAAUUGUGAUGCUGUGGCACAUUUUUUGGACCCUGGUUGUCUCAGUCCACUGCUACCUAGUUAUAAAGUUAAACAGUAACUGAAGUUCUCAGCAGGUUUGUGAAAAGUCCCCAGCAGAAAAAAGCUUUUAUCCACAUCAUUAAAUAAUGCCUCCUUGCGUUAACAGCAUUUGAGCUUCGGUAAGCAUCAUUGCACUUCCAUCAGUACAAUAUACAUAGUUUAGGAUCACACUUUAAACAGUUUGAUUUACUUUUCUAUUUCAGUACAGUAAUAUUUGUUAUAUUUAUGUGAUUUAUAUACAGACUGUACAGCUCUGUUCAAAGCCUACAUAGCCAGCUUUCUUCUAAGGCAGCAAGUGACUGACUUGGACACCCUACAUAGGCAGCAACUCCUCUCAAUGUGCAGAACUAAUUGUUAAUGGGAGACAACUGGGAGAUGGAGUUAAUAGUUUUGUUUUAUACCUUUUCAGCUUCACAUUGCCAACAUACCUACAGUAUGCAGUCUUAAAUUUCAGUCUUGGUAGCCAACCUGCUAGGUUUUGUUGUCAUGUUUCCUUUGGAGGGCAGGGAGAAAAUGAAAUGCAGUGGCAUUAUGUCUGUCUAGUCAUUCUAUAUAGAGCCACUGGCAAAACUAAACAUUACAUUGUGUAAUUGCUUUGUUUAUAUGCAUGAAAGAGUGAUGUGAUCCAUUAUCCACACAUUUGGUGUCCCUCAUGGUUAAUUGUGGGGUCCAGCUGUGAUGAAGCUUGUUUAAUUCAUUAUCGCCCAGGAGUCCUCCACUUCCUGUUUAAACAAGUGUUCUACUUUAAUAACAUCACCCCCAAGACACACAUAAAAAUUAGGAAACGUAUCAUAAUAUGCAUUAUGCAUGGAGCCUUUCUUAAAUACUUCCUUGUAGAGCAUGGACGGGUGCAGGACUGUACCUGCUCCUGUCUCUCAUGACACUUAUUAGAUGCCUCCAAGGGUUUAUUGUGCUUGGUGGUCUCCGGUGAGCCCGCUAUUCUGUCCCAUCUAGUUCUCCAUGUCUAAUGAGGGCGUCUCUCCCUGUCUGUCUCUAUCUCUCUUUGUGUCUACCUCGAUCGGUCGCCCUGCCCCCUGUGAGGACGCCAGCGCCAUGGAGGGCCAAACAGAAGGAUGGUUGUGAGCGCAGUGAGGCAUCGGCUCUGUCUCCAGCUGCUGAAGAGGAGCCCUUCUCAUGGCCAGGGCCUAAAACAUUGCACCUACGCCGUACCUCUCACGGCUUUGGCUUCACGCUCCGUCACUUCAUCGUGUACCCACCUGAGUCAGCCGUGCAGUCCUCUCUCAAGGAUGAAGACAAUAGUAGCAGAGGGAGAACACGGAACAGACUGGAGCCGAUGGACACCAUCUUUGUCAAGCAGGUGAAAGAGGGCGGCCCUGCACACGGAGCUGGACUCUGCACAGGGGAUCGCAUUGUAAAAGUCAAUGGAGAAAGCAUCAUUGGAAAGACGUAUUCACAAGUAAUUGCACUUAUUCAGAACAGUGACAUGUCUCUGGAGCUCUGUGUGAUGCCAAAAGAUGAAGACAUUUUACAGCUGUUCUCCAGGGAUAUCACUGCUCUGGCCUAUUCUCAAGAUGCAUACCUCAAAGGAAACGAGGCAUAUAGCGGAAAUGCCCAGAACAUCCCUGAGCCACCCCCAAUAUGUUACCCACGGACAGAGCCCAAUGCCUUGGCCAUGGUACAGGUGUUAGAGCCUUCACGCUCUGCUGAGCCUUCUUGUGGAACCAGACAAGAAUUAAAUAAUUGCUACAAGCCUGACAUAGGUUGCCACAUUGAUAUCCCUGUAUCUCCCCCUACCGUAUCCCAAACUCCGCUGGUCCCCAACACCCAAACUGUUGUGCGUGUUUUUAAUGAGAAUGUUAGGACAAUGGUAGCAUCACCUGAAUCUACAGACCGAGUUACACAUGUGGCCUGGGCUGGUCCCAGCCACAGGAAGGAGGAGAACCAGUAUGUGGUUUCAACAGACCCAAGCUUUAACAGGUCCAGGGACCAUGUCACUUCAUCUCCAACUGGGGCAGCACAAUCACAACACAAACCCAACAGAACUGCAGAGUCCACUGGAUUCUCCAACCUUACCCCCAGAACUGCACAGACUUGCAUAGACACAAAGCCUUUAUCAUCCCACAGAUAUAACCUAACCACAACAGCAGAAACCUUCCCCUCAGCCACCUCUCCCACCCCUAACACACCCUCCCCUCCACCUGCCACCCCCUCCCCCUGCUCUCCCCCCCAGAACAUAGACUGGAGGAACUACACCACAUACAAGGAGUACACUGACAACAAACGGCUUUACAUGUACGGCUCCCGGACUAUUCAAGAGCGCCUGGACAGUCUGCGAGCUGCAUCCCCAUCCAGUACAGAUGAAUACAGCAAGCAGAAGAGUGCAUCAAGAACAGCUACGCCCUCACGGGGCUUUUCUGGAUCACAGCUGAGACGGAGGAGCGCCUCACAUGAUCGGAGUUAUCAGGUAUCCAGUGUGCUGCCGCUGCGUAGUGCCUCUCAGGAGAGGCUUGGUGGUGCCGAUCGGGCUUCUCUAGCACAGAAUUGGCCUCGUAGUGCUUCCCAGGAUGCCCUCCCAUCGGCCCCCAUAGGUAUUCCGAAACCCAGAGCGUAUUCUUGCGGCUACCUGAGCAGACAGAAUGAGAAUGCCCCAUCCAUUUUGGACAGACAGGCAUGCUGCAGAACUGAGACAGAUGAGUGGCUACUCGUGCACAGAGGGGACAAGGCAAGAGCAAGUAGACAGUCUUCUUCCUUACGCAUGGUGCCUCACAGAACACAGGGGGUAUUUAAUGCAGACAGACGAGGGGGUAGUUACCCAGGGUUGCCCAUCACCCCUCUCUGUAGUAGAGGUACAGAUUGUUUGCUCACUUCCAGAGCUGAAAGCCUGGGUAAUACCUCUGCACCUUCCAUAAAUAGACCCUCACUGCUAUCUGCGAAAAAUUAUGUCUCAGACCCUUCUACUGCUGCUGCUUCUUAUAUAGCUUCUGCCCUGGCCUCAAUACAAGGUCACAUCAGUGGUAGCUCCAGCACAGGCUUAGUCAAAGACCAAAGAACACCUCUCACUGCCAACCACAUGCCCCACAAUGCAAAGCAGUUGCAGCCCAGGGGGCGGGCUGACAGCCUUCAGGAGCAUGUCAAAGAGGUAGCUCGUGGAGGUCGCUCUUCUUCUUGUUCUGCCACCUCUAAACCCCAUAGAACAAAGCAGGGUGGAUCCAAGCCCAUAUUAACCAGUAACGGAACAGUUCCUCAGCAACAGGUGGAGGGUAUUGAGGGCCAAGAUGCCACUGUAGUUGUGGUUCGGAGGGAAAAGAAGUCUGGAUCUCAACCUAUCCGCCACCCUUCGUACAUUAUGGCAGUGAACGAGCUGGAGAGUGGGGUUGAACCACCUAGAGACUCCAACACAUGCUGGCUGCCCAACAAUACCCGACGAGAAAUGCACAUGAGGAAGCUAGGAGACCAGUGUAAAACCUCCUUCUCAAGCAACCUUGAUGACUCACUGGACUCCAUACCCUUCAUUGACGAGCCAUCAAGCUCCAGUAACGACCAUGACACCACACACAUUCCUGCAUCUGCCGUGAUUUCCAGCACACCUAUCAUCACCACCAUCCCACCCAGUCCAACUUCCCCUUCUCCUGUAAUACGCCGACAACUGUCCCACGACCAGGAUUCUUUACGACUCACAAUUCUGGAAUCAGAUUCUGGAGCUAAAUCAGAGCGUUCCAGAUCCUUCGAUGAGGGCUUGGAUAACUACAGAGAAGAAGAGAGAGGGCGGUCGAUUAAACACACGCAUGGAUUCAAGGGCCUUAGAAAGGCUGUUGACAGAUCUUCUGAGGACUCUACUUCAGAUGUCUUCACUGAUGCCACAAAGGAGGGUCCACUUCAUUUCCGGCAGCUCAACUCAGAUAAGGGAAAGCGUGUUAGCAGUGGCAUGCGGUCAUGGAAGCAGAUCUAUGCUGUGCUUCGUGGCCACUGCCUCUACCUAUACAAGGACAAGAGGGACGGACAAACCAACGCCAACUCCCAGAUUGAAGAAGAGCCUCUGCCAAUCAGCAUCAAAGCCUGUCUGAUUGACAUCUCCUACAGCGACACAAAGCGGAAGAACGUCCUUCGGCUGACAACAUCAGACUGUGAAUACCUGUUCCAGGCGGAAGAUCGUGAGGAAAUGCUGUCCUGGAUCCGAGUCAUUCAAGAGAACAGCAAUUUGGAUGAAGAGAAUGCAACUGUAACUAGCACAGACCUCAUCAACCGGAAAAUAAAGGAGUACAACAUUCUAAUGAGUCCACCAAUCAGUAAGACAGAAACCUCACCCAGGGCGUCCCGACAGUCCCUGAGCAUCAGGCAGACGUUACUGGGUGGUAAAGGGGAGAAUAAAGCCACAAGCCCUCACUCACCAAACAAGGACCACGACAGGAAAGCCAUGCAUAAAGACGAAACCAGCCCACCCAAGGAUAAGGGCACAUGGCGGAAGGGCAUCCCUGGACUGAUGAGAAAGCCAUUUGAGAAGAAAUCAUCUCAUGGAAUCACAUUUGGAGUAAGACUAGAUGACUGUCCUCCAGCUCAGACCAACAGAUUUGUUCCUCUGAUAGUUGAAGUGUGCUGUAAGCUGGUGGAAGAACGGGGACUGGAAUACACUGGCAUUUACAGAGUGCCAGGAAAUAAUUCCGCCAUCUCCAUCAUGCAGGAAGAGCUCAAUAACAAGGGCAUGGGCGACAUCGAUAUUCAGGAUGAUAAAUGGAAGGACUUGAAUGUGAUCAGCAGUUUACUCAAAUCCUUCUUCAGAAAACUUCCUGAACCUCUCUUCACUAACGAGAAGUAUGCAGACUUUAUUGAUGCCAACAGAAUAGAGGAUCCUAUAGAGAGACUCAAAGUGCUCAAAAGACUGCUUCAUGAGUUGCCUGAUCAUCAUUACGAAACACUGAAGUUCCUCUCCGCCCAUCUCAAAACUGUGGCUGAAAACUCGGAAAAGAACAAGAUGGAGCCGCGGAAUCUGGCCAUUGUGUUUGGCCCAACGUUGGUGAGAACAUCUGAAGACAAUAUGACUCACAUGGUGACACAUAUGCCAGACCAGUACAAGAUUGUUGAAACACUCAUUCAGCAUUACGACUGGUUCUUCACUGAGGAGGGUGAAAAGGAGCCUACGACAACGGUCCAGGAGGAGAGUGCUGUUGAGUCUCAGCCUGUGCCUAACAUUGACCACCUGCUGACCAAUAUCGGCCGGACGGGCACCUCUCCAGGGGAAGUGUCAGAUUCACCAACCAGUGACUCUGCUAAAUCUAAGGGGUCCUGGGGAUCAGGGAAGGACCACUGCAGCCGAGAGUUCCUUCAGCCACGAGUCUCCUCCAUUUUUGCUGUGGCCAACCGCAAACGAAAGAAGCACAAGGAGAAGCUGCAACCCAGCAGCUCUGAUGAUGACUUUGAUAUCAUGUUCACCAAGAAAGAUAGUCCAAGUCAAAAGCAGAACCGCCAAAGUCAGGAGGAGGUGGCAGGCAGGUCAAGUCCAUGCGGAAAAUCGCUUGUUAGAGAGAAGAAGAACAGCAUAAGUGCAGAGCCCACCCCGAAGAACAAGAAGGAGCACAGAAACUCUUUCUUUAUGAAAGACAAACCCUCUUCGGUUCUCUCACCCUCGCCCAAGCUCUCAUGCUCACCUGGUUUCAACCGUCGCACCACCAGAUCCACCCUCUCAGAUCCUUCCUCACAGUUAGAUGAGACCACCUCAGACUUGGGCACCAUGAGCUCUCGAGCCUCUGUCCCCAGAACCAGACCUCGGAAAUGGGGCACAACAUCACCGGCCCCUGAGCAAUUACCCAUUCCUGGAGGGGCUUCACUAACUGCAGAGGUGAGCUCUAUUACGUCGGACUACUCAACCACUUCCUCUACCACCUUUCUGACAGGAGUGGAGUCCAUCACAUUUAGUCCAGAGGUGCAGUCUGUGGCAGAAAGCCGGGGAGGAGACGAGGCAGAUGACGAGUGCAGUGAGCUCAUCAGUGAGGGGCGGCUGAUGGAAACUGACAGUGAGAGUGACUUCCCAAUGUUUAGCCCUGGCAUCGCUGGACUAGACAUACCAACCACAGAAGAUGGUGGCAACAGUAAACCCAAACUAUCUUGCCACUUGCUGCCCUCCCAUAAGCUGAAAGAAUGCAACUCCCUGUCCAGGAGGCAAUCCCCGCGUCAAAAGAUGGACAGUGAUUCAUCUGUGGAGGCAGGCGCUGGUGGUGGCAAUCAAGGGGUCAGCAAGAAUGAAUCAAAUAGACUGUCUCGAGUCCUGGAGGUGAUGAAGAGAGGCUGUUCCACCGGCAGCCUGAGUGCCUCAUUACGUACCGAAUCGGACCGCGCUGAGCCAGCAUGGCAUCUUAAAAUCACAGAGAGACUCAAGUUCCGUCUACGUGCCUCUGCUGAUGACAUGUUCGGUGUUGGCACUCAAAAGGCCCGCUCUACGGAGACGCGUGGUAAGAAAAAGGGCAUCCGCCGACGGCAUACUAUGGGUGGCCAGCGGGAUUUUGCUGAACUAGAUGUCAUUCAUGACUGGAGGGAACAGGGCGGGGUGGACCAAGGUGCUGAACUGUCUGCUGUGGAGCGCCUCAAACCUAAGUGUGACUCUCAGGACAUGUCUGUCCGGGACUGGACUACUGGUGAGCAUCGUCAAACUGAGGGCUCCAAGGCCUGUCUAGAGUUGAAAGGUCAAGAUGGUUUAGAGACAGCAGAAAUUGAAGAGACCCAUGCAGAGAGUGCUGAGAGACUGUCUUCCUCUGCCUCUCCAUGUCCCCACUCCAGCUCCGAACAAGUGAACGGAGGCGCGUCAAAGGGCAGAUCCAGAAACAGUCUGAAUUUUGGAACUGAUGCUCAUCCACAAAAAUUGUCAGGAGCCCAAGUGGUGCGCUCACGAUUCUACCAAUAUCUUUAAAAGAAAAGAAUAAAUCUGCACGUGUGUAAAAAUGUCAUAAUGUGUGUGUAAAGGCCUGUUCAAGGUGAAUGUUUGGUGUGAAAAUUCUGUGCAUUUUCAUGUUUCACAGACUAAAAAAAUUAUUAAUGCAUCUGUUUAGACCCACGUGAACAUUUGCAUGCCAUCCAUGCGACAAAUCUCUUUUCCAUCACACUGUGAAGAAAACUGGCCAACCAGUAAGAUUUGCGCUUUUUGGCCUAUAGCCGCCGUUACAUAAAGCAACUUGGUGGAGCUAUUUUGCUAAAUGGCAGUGAAUAGUAGAUUCCACAACCAGCUCUAUUGUCUCUGUACUCUUUUAUUUGGUUUUGUUGGAUAAGCACCACAGCGAAUACAAAAAUCUAAAGGGCUGUUUCAGAUCUUGUAAAUAGUAUUUGAUUUUCUUUCACUGACAACCAGGUGUUAGAAAAGUUGUACAGCGCUUUGUGUAUCGGGGUCACCAGGCUGACCAGGGUAUUUCUGCUUUCUGUAAGCGCCUGUCAGAGAGUGCAUUUGCAUAUUCAUCUCUGCAGUUUUUAUGUACUGGUCUGAAAAUACAAGUUGUAUGUGAAAAUUAGGAUGAAUUUUCUUACCGAACAUGUCUGUUGGGGUGAACAGGUCUUAAAUUGAAUGAAUGUACUUCGAGCUAAGGUUACUCCACCCUUAUUUUCCAUCCCCAUGUCCUUUUUGAAACAAAACAUCUAUAAAUAUGAAUAUAUAAUAAGAAUAUAAAUUGUAUAUAUCUAUAUGUAUAGGCUUAGUAAUUUUUAACAUUUUUGAGUUAUCUGACUCAUUGUUUUUGGAUCAGUACUGGAGAUGUUUUCUUGAAAGCUAGUAAUAUAUGCAUGACGGUGAAGUGGCCUGAUAUUCAGAGGCUGAACAAUACCAGUGUUUACUCACUGCCUCUGCUGCUGUGACAGCACAAUUUUUCUGACUUGGACAGACAUGCAUUUGCCAAACUGUUACUGAAGGAUACUAAUAUCAAAGGAAAAGAAAAGUCAUCUUGUCCAAGGUUAGGACAAAUUAAAAAAAAAAAAGAAAAAAGAAAGAAAAGAAAACUCCUGAUGUUACUCAUAUGAAGAAUGUAAUAUGCUUGCUGUUAUAUUGACUGACACAUAAAUUGCUUUUUCAUUUGUGAAAAAUGUAAAUAAUGUCUGUACUUGAAGUAUUUUUUUAUUAUUAUUGUUAUUAAUUAUUAUUAUUAUUCUGAAGGUUAGCCUUGAUAUGGGCUGUUUUCUGAGCUGUGUGCUGUGGAAAUCCCUUUUACAGUGCAUCAUAACAGCCAGACAUAAAUGUGGAAGAAGAAUGAAAUCGUUUUAUAUUUCUACAGGAUUGCGAAAGUAAGUGCUAAAUUGAAAGCACCAGAGCCUGAACAUCUGUAGCAGUACCAGGCUUAAUGGUAUUGUCAUGUUGAACCAUUUUAAUCCAAAGUACAACCUAACAGCAAAUAAGUCAUAAAAUCACAAGGAAUAUUAUUUCCUUACAAAAAAGUGCCUCUCAACUGGUUCUGGUGACAGGAAAGGUGCCAUUUCUUAAUUUUGUUGUUUGUUAAUAUGGAAUAUGUAUUGUGAAUGAAUGACUGAAUUUUAUCAGAAAAAAAAAGAAAAAUAAAUUUUUAUACAAAAUGAUGCAAAAGCA